AGAACGUAAACAAAUUUUCUUUUUUGCCAUUUCUGCAAUUUUCCUGCAGGAUUUUUCCUUUUUUUAUCGUAUUUCCCGUGAUAUCUCUUACAGCAUUAAAGUAUGAAUAAGUUAGUAAUCUUUUAAACUAAUCAGCGGUAUUAUUAGUUUUAUUGUAAUUGUGAAAAAAUGGCGAGGAAUUCAAGAAAAGACAACCAGGAUGUUCUCAGUGAAGAUGAUGAGUAUACAAGUCAGGAUUGGAUAGAGUACCUUGCGGAUAGUCAAGUGGAUGAUAAGAAUGAAUCCUUUAGACAACACUGCCACUACUGCGAAAAGGAAUUCUUUACUGCCAGGAAGCGCUUGUCCCAUGAGAGAUUCUGCAAAAAUGGCUCCAUUGAGAGAUUCUCAUGUACUGAAUGUGGCCUGAACUUCCAACUGCAGCAGUGUCUCAGAAAACACGAAAAACGUCACGAGGAACCAGGAGGAUUCCCCUGUUGCUCAUGCGAUGCCAGAUUUAUAUCCUUCACAGAUCGUUUGCAGCACAGGAAUGCCGAACAUCGAUUGUUUCGCUGUCAAAUCUGCCUGGUCAGGUGUACGAGUUCAGCAGACUAUGUUACUCACAUCAUGACUUCCCACAGCGACUGCAAGUGUGCUGUUAAAGCUUCCACAGCAAAGGAGAAGAAAUCUCCAAAGAGGAAGUCAAAGCUUUCCUGUGAAAAAUGUGGCGUAAAGUUCCGAAAUCGGACUAAUCUGGAGAAUCACGUACAAAGUCUGGCCUGUGAGAAGCCCUACAAAUGUGCUGAAUGUGGCAAAUCCUUUUCCUUCCAAGUUAGUCUCAUAACGCAUGCAGCUCAGCACGGAGGAGUACAUCCCAGUUCAUGUGAUCGAUGUGGUCAGAACUUCACUGGGUACGAUCAACUAAUUCAACAUCGAAGAGCAAAUCCCUACACUUGUGGUCUUCCGCAGGAGAAGAAACGAAACACGAGGAAUAGUGGAAAGGUUAAAAAGAUCCCGGAGAAGGAAGAUGUGGGGCAGAAAAUUGAGGAUUUCGAUGCAGGAGAUGAGGAAGAGAAACCUCAAAUUGAGCUGUUCAAUGGAGUCGUCAAGAAGGAACCUUCUCCAGAGACAAUUCUCUUCCAGAACCUCGAAGACGUGGAUUUGGACGAUGAUGUUCCACUUUCACAGCUUAAGAGUCAAGCAGGCGUUACGCAGAGUCCGGAAGUUAAUAUGAAGACAGAAGAAACCUCAAAUAGGCAACUCCGGAAGAAGAAUAGAGAGAAUAAAGUUUACUCUGAGGAUUCAGCUGAUGGAAUGGAUUUAUUCGACUUCAGCGGUCCUCCUGAAUCUCCACCGAGUUGCUUUACAACAGACUCAGACUCGGAGUACGAAGAGAAGCGGAAGAAGACGGCAUCCAGUGGUGGACAGCCGGAAGCCAGUCGAUUUCCUGACUACAAAUGCACCAUCUGCCCCAAGGUUUACUGCUACCAGCGCAAAUUGGUCAUUCACCUGAGAUCUGAGCACAAUAUUGACAGUGAUGACGACAAUUGGCCCCUGGAACGUCCCAGCAAGACAAACUACACACCCCGGGAGCGGAAGCACGAGUGUAAGUACUGCAAGAGAGUCUAUGCCAAUCAAUCAUCCCUAGCGCGGCAUGUUAAAUGUCACGGACCCAAUGGGGAGCUCCUUUUCCGGUGCAAGACGUGCAAGGGAUACUUUGAUACCGAAGAGAAUCUUAAGGAGCACCGGGAUACCUAUCACAAGGAUAAGAUUAUGUGCAAUAUCUGCAAUAAAUCCUACGCUGGGGAGCACAAUCUCAAGACGCACAUCGAGCUGCGGCACACAAAGACUAAAACAAUCAAGAAGAUGUCCUACCUCUGUGGGAAAUGCGGGAAGAAUUUCACCUCCAAGACUGCCCUGCUGGAUCAUGAGCGAUCAGACUGCGGCAAGAAACCCAUCUAUCAGUGUGAUGUGUGCAAGAAGUUCUACCACAGCGCUGGUUCCCUGAAAGGCCAUAAAACACUCCAUACAAAAGUUCGGCCGUUCCUCUGCAAGUACUGCGGGAAGCCCUACAGGACUCCGGGACAGAUGAGGGAACACGAGAGGGUACACACGGGGGAAAGACCACACAAGUGCACGUACUGCCCGAAGGCAUUCAGCCACAGGGGAAGCCUUCUGACGCAUCUCUCGCUACACACGGGCUUCAAGAGAUUCAUGUGCAGUGGAUGCGGGCAGCGUUUUACGUGCAUCUCCAACCUCCAGGCACACCGGAAGAGUCAUGCAGACACGUGCGGUCUGGUGCCGAAUUGCACGAAAGCCAUAGGGCGGAUGGAAGCAUACAUUUUACCCCAGAAGGAGGAUGAUAUGGAUCAUAAAUAGCUGCCCCAUUCAAUAUUUUUUUUAAUUUAAUUAACUUCCAUAGUCUCUAUUAUAUAUUAAUUGUGUAAUUGCGCAUAUUUUAAGUGUCCAUAAAUAAUUUAGAAA